UGUGAUUUGCGAACAAUCAAUAAAAAGAAAAAAAAGAAGAAAAAAAAGAUCCGGAACUUGAAGGGAAGAGACGAAGAAAGACAGAAAGAGAGAACGGAAAAAUAGUACAGACGUAUUGAUAUUGUUUAAAAGAAAAGAAAAAAAAAACAAACAACCACUGUUUGUCAUUUGGAGGAAAAAGGAUUGCGGUGUGUUUGAAAACACCGCCACACGGUGUAGCAGUACCCGGUACAACAGAAAUCUAGAAUCGGACUGGAAUGAAAUAGAAAUUCGAGUUUCAAUUUUGGCUCCAAGUAAAGAUGAUAGCUGUAUCGGAAAGAGGAUACUUUCAUUGGAUCGAUUGGUUGGUGUUCGCACUUAUGCUCUUCGUGUCUGCUGCAGCCGGCUUAUGGCACUUCAGAAGAGCGCAAAAGUCGAGCACACAGGACUACCUGCUUGGAGGAAGGAGCUUAGGACUCUUUCCCGUGUCCGCCUCUCUCGUCGCCAGUUUCAUAUCAGGCGUGACGAUUUUGGGCACUCCGGCGGAGAUCUACAACUUUGGCACGCAAUAUUGGAUCACGAUCUUCUCGAUUCUUUUCUCCGGUAUCGUGGUCGCUACUGUAUAUCUUCCUGUCUUUACUGCCUUACAACUUAACUCCGUUUACGAGUAUCUGGAAAUUCGAUUCAAUCGCACCGUAAGGAUUCUGAUUUCUUCAAUUUUUGUUUUUGACGUGAUUCUUUACCAAUCAAUCGUAGUCUAUGUCCCUGCAUUGGCAUUGAAUCAAGUGAGCGGAAUCAAUAUACACUUGAUCGGAAGCAUCGUAUGUGUCGUAUGUGUUUUCUACACCGUUCUGGGUGGUAUUCGAGCAGUGGUUUGGACAGACGCAUUACAAGUCGGCGUGAUGAUAGCAGCAGUUAUCACAGUUGCUUCUCUAGGAACCUAUCAAAUGGGAGCGUCUGAAAUUUGGAAUAGAGCUAUCGAUGCCAACCGUAUCGAAUUUUUUAAUUUUGAUUCGUCGCCCUACACGAGACACACCUUUUGGACAGUACUGAUUGGUUCUUGGUUAUAUAACACCUCGUAUAUCGCUGUCAAUCAAACUAUGGUGCAACGAUACAUAUCGUUAAGAAGUACAAAGAUAUCUCAAAUAUCCAUUGCGAUAUUUACCAUCAGCAUAAUGGUGUUUAUUUCAAUAUGCUGUUGGUGUGGAUUAGUCCUUCUCGCUUGGUGGUCGCCACCGAAAUGUGAUCCAAGAGUUUCUGGCUUAAUUACGGCCGAUGAUCAAUUGUUGCCGGCUUAUGUCAUGGAAAUUGCUCAUCAUUUACAUGGGGUACCUGGCCUCUUUAUUUCCGGAAUUUUUGGCGCAGCACUUAGUUCAUUAUCAGUAGGCUUCAACUCGACGUCCGUUGUGAUUCUGGAGGACUUCGUUAAAGGAUGCUUUAAAAUGAAGCCCAACGAUCGUUGUUCCACGAUUUUCGUGAAAAUCCUUAUCGUCCUGUUUGGUAUGAUGGCGCUGUGCUUGCUUUUCUUGAUCGAGAAAUUAGGUGGAGUUCUAUCUGUGACAGGUAGUUUAGCCGCUAUCGCUGCCGGAACUUCCUUUGGCGUCUUCACUCUGGGUAUCUUGUGUCCGUGGGCAAAUUCCAAGGGUGCCUUUGUUGGUACUAUUGCAGGAUACAUUAUGUCUGGAUGGGUCAGUUUUGGUGCGAAUGCAGCCAUUGGUUCUGGUCUCAUAGUGCCAAAGAAACUUCCAGUGCCACAGUGCGAGGGAAAUGUGAGCGAAAAUUUCUUAAAGCAAUUUGAAUGGCACAACGAAGACAAUGUCUUCCCGUUAUAUCGGUUGUCUUACCACUGGAUUGCUCCUAUUGGCACGUUGGCGGUACUUGUGGUAGGUGCGAUUGUCACCUGUAUGACAGGUGCGCAAAAUCCUUCAUCGAUCGACAAGAAUUUGCUCUCUCCAGUGAUACAUAGGUAA